AUGGAAAUCAAAGACAGACACCUUCAACCCGUGCGGCUAUCUGUGGUCGGAAACAAGAAACUAUGGGCAGGUUAGUGUAAUUGGGUGAGUAGUUUUAACUAACCCACGAACACAAACUAUUCAAUGGGGCUGAAACUGAUAAGCGAAGCGAAAGUUUAGAAAUCGUGAGAUAAGCGAUAGCGCGUGGAAGUUCAUGUUACUUCAACAGACAAACAAAUUACAAUAUUUCUAACCUUUACAGUUCAUCUCUUGCUUACUCUCGUCUGACCAAAAUAACCGAUUACAAUAAUUAGUAAUCUGUCACGAGUCAAAAGGGACUGUAGUUUACCAUAUUCCGUUGAUAAUCACGUACCUUAAUAAGAUGUUAAGAAGUUAACUCAAGUUUUGCCGCUGUCAUUUAUAUGUCGAUUUUUAUUCCUGCUAAGAAUUCGGCGAUCACUGAAGGUAAACAGUAUUACAUAGGGUAUAGCGAUGGUGUUCACCAUACGCUGUCAAAACUAAACCUACGAAUUAAGACAUAAAUCGCGAUAUAAUUCAUAGUUGUUAAAUAAUCUGUCUCCUAAGCGUUUCUCUUUAAAAACUUCAGAAACUGGCGAAAUUUUUAUUCUAAAUAAGCAAUAACAACUAGAAAAGCUGGCUUAAAUUUCAAAUUGGCCAAAAGAGCGUCGAUCGAAUUUUAAUUGAAUCUUAACGGCGCUGUUUCAACAGGUUGAUUGUCAUUAUUAUCUAUAUUUUAUUCUUGUCAAUUCCAUAUAAAACAUCGUGAAUUCCAACUGUCCCACCGUAGAAAAAGAGGAUAGUGGAAAAAUAGAGAAUCUUUGGACGUUAUCAUCUCUUGACUGUAUACCAGUAAAAAAGAGAAUGAAUCGAAUUCAUGACGAAACAAUAUCGUUUAUCUUAACGACUUUUAGAGGACGGUUUGAGCGGGUAAAAGUAAACAGAAAACAAUAACUUUUGAUGGUUUGUCUUAUCACGACAAUCUGAUGUGCGAUUAAACUGCUGCGUGCCGCUAAAAAGCGGUAAACGGAGAGCGCAGGGAAACAUGGGACUGAUAUGAAAUGCAAAAGUCCCCCAGUCACUGUGAUAUGAGCAUCCCCGCGUUUUGGACAUCCGCUUUCCCAAAACUCUAGUGAUAGGGGCAUCCCUCGUAUUACCUCAGCUAUUUAGGUUAGGGUUAGGGUUAGGGUUAGGGUUACAGGGGAUACCCAUAUCACUAGGGUUUUGGGAAUGGGGAUGCCCAUACUCACUGCGACACCCCCUACUGUGGUGCCAACCUCGGUCCCAGGGUCCCUCCUACUCAUCCUUGCGAAGGAAGAGAGAUGGAGAGAGGCUGCGCAGACCACGAGUGGGAGAGAACUCUGGGAACGAGGUUGGUGAGGUGCAUCCUUCCCAUGGCACCACGCUAUUCAUGUCGUGUGAAACCAAUGAGUGACGAGUGACGCCUGGACGCGAGGCAGGAUAGUGGAAGAAUCAAAACUCAGCGUUAAAUACAUUAAGAGCACUUGCAGCUUGCGUAGCAGGCGACGGUUUUUAGGGGGAAGGAAGAAAUGUCUUCGCGCGGUCUCGCACGGCCUGUAAAAUGAACAACCGGCGCUUGCUACGCAGCUACGCACUGACUGGGGCACUUGUGGGAAUAAGAACAAAUGGAAUUCCUCACUGACUGAGGACAGAUUAUAUUCAUCUCCGAGCCCUACUACAAUAUCAUUGUACAAGAGACUUGUACAGCUAAGUGUGUGUUGUUUUAUUUUAAGGAGAACCUUGGUAUAUCUGCCGACAGAGCUGCACGGCGUUUCUUUUUGUCUUAAUGCUGUUGUACGUGUAUUACUUCUCCUGCUACAUGAGACAUGAAAUCCGAGCCGUCUACCAUGCUCCUCCUCUCCAGUCCUUUCACUCGCGCUGUCGGGGCGCAUUUAAAACGCUAACCAAAGGGCACUGGGUACAAAGAAAUGUCAGCAUCCAGGCUUUACAGAACCGAAGACAAUUGGACGCUAUCUUACGCAUGCGCAAGGGCUGGCCCGAGCGACUCUUUCACGGAGACCGACGUUGUGGUCCGAGAUUUCCUCUUCCUCGUAAAACAAGAAAUAAAGAUCGACCUUAUGUUUUAGACGUACAAGCUCAGUGCGAUACAGACAGCGAGAAUUACUGUUGCCAUGGGAACACAGGCUGGUGUGGCCAUGGCGACAAGUUUUGUGGCUGCCCCAGCUGUAUAAAUUAUAAGUCUUUUAUCUCCGCGGAGCUAGCUCAGUGGCUGCCACUUAACGGUUGCCGUGUUAUAAAUUUCACUCAACAGUCCGCCUGCGAAUCAAUAUCUCGAGGAGUCAGUAGUGUGACCUUCAUAGGAGACUCCCUAGUGAGACAUCUUUUCUCCGCCAUGGUGAUCAUUUUGACGAAUGAUCCGCUCCACGGCGCCUUAAAAUAUAACACCGCACCCAAGAUGCGUGACAUCUGUAAAGGAGAUAGCCAAUUCGUGGACAGUAUUUGUCACGUUCACACUGCAAUGACGUGGCGUGACCUAACGGACCAUCCCAAUUUCUGUGAUGGUUGGGCGAAAUUUCAAAUCUCGUACGUUAAGGCGUAUAAAGUGGAAGUUGCAGAUCUAGCUCUUCUUGCCAUCAAAAAACGCCUCAACAAAGUUGGUUCUGUCGUUCUUAUGGGUAUUGGAAUACACAAUAACUUCAACGCCUCAGCGGUUAUUCAGUCAUAUCUUGAGCCCGCAGUUCAGUUGGUUGCAACUUCCAAAAAUGGUUGGCCGCACCUUAUUUGGUUGUCAACCCAUUCAAUGGGUCCUUUGAAACCAAUCAAUUACCAUCGUGACCAGGGAAAUCCUGCGAUUUUGUCCUUCAAUAACAGCCUUGCAAAAUACUGCGAGCAACAUAACAUAACAGUGUUUGAUAGUUUCAACAUGACGGCUGGAGUUCAUAGUUUUGACGGUACCCACUUUGGAGUUGGGGUGAACACGAUGAAAGUACAAAUUCUUCUUAACUACCUAGAAGAAACCUUUUCAAGGUGA